AGUAAGACAUAUUGUAUAGACACAUGUGUAUUUCUAAGGACUUGUUUAUUUAUUUUAUUCAGAUGUCACUCAAUGCAUAUACCAACGAAGCCAGCGAUGUGCUUUUUCGUUUUGAUUUGUUUACCAUUCCAUAUUCCUCUUCAAAUUUUAAUAUUUAUGCGGAUGAACGUACUCGACAAAAAAUGUUUGAAUACCUUGGUGAAUUUGAAGAGACGGACGACAGGGGGAAUGUUACUUUGUUAUCUGUCUUAGAACAUAAACUAUCAGAAGAAAGGCAUGUUUGUUCACAACAGCUUCGCCUACAAUCAAGUCAAAUGCUGAAGUUUCUCACAGAUUUUGCAGCUGGUAAAUCACAAGAAACAAAACGUUCGUCAUUUUUGUUAUACCAGCUUUUAUGUCAUGUUUGUGGAUCUGCCGAUGCUGUUGAUGGAACGCGCCUACUUUAUGCAGUACUAGAUGACUGUACGAAAGUAAAUAGUCAGUACACAAAUGUCAGUAGUGGAAGCCGAGCAGAGGGAGUGCAUAUACCAGACUGUGAUUAUGACAUAAUGACUAUCCUGGAACAAAUCGUCGUGUAUGCCGUUGGUUAUAAAGUCGAUGACGCAAAACCUUCAUUAGUUUGUAAUACACAAAACUCUUAUCCAGGAUUUGCACAUUUAACCAUUCCACCGGAAAGUCGUUUUUCGGAGGAGUUGGUUCGUGUUUGGGGAGUCGAAACCGUUAAUGGUCCCGUUGUAUCAAACAGGCGGUUUAAACAGUAUUUCAUGAGCAAUUAUCGGGAUAAAAACAUCCGUAUUCAUGGGCCGUGCAUAUCACCAGAAGAUGAGUCCGUUGAUCAUCUUUUCUGUUUUCGAAGUCAAACAUGGCCGACAAUAUCUAGUAAAUGGUUACAUAGGGUUUCGGGUCGUGAAUGGCCAACUAUCGACGUCGUAGAGAAAAUUCUAAACCAGGGUAUUUUACUUGUUCCAAUAGGAAGUAAGUUCGGUGCGGAAGAAGACUGUCCUACUGAAUGGCGUCUUUCGUUUUCAUUGGCAGAGAGAGAACUGAUUCAUUCGUGGAAUCAUACACAAGUUUUGUGUUAUGUAUUUUUCAAGUACAUCAAGAAAGAUUUAAUGGCCUUCUUGCCAUUUGGAAAACUUAUUUGCUCAUAUUUCAUUAAAACGACAUUGUUUUGGCUCAGCGAAGAGCAAUCACAAAAAGAGUGGAAUCCUUACAAUAUUCUUGCAUGUUUUCAUGAACUACAAAAACGUCUCAUGUACUGGUUAAGGUACGGUUUCUGUCCACAUUAUUUUAUACCAGAGAAUAAUCUGUUCGACGGGAUACUUAAUGAUGCAUCCAGAAUGAUUUUAGAAAACGCAAUAAAAAACCUUUUAACUCUUGUUUUACGAAGUACUCAUUAUGGUGACGCAUUUAGAACUUUUCAUUUUCACCAGCUUCAAAGGUACUCUUCAUCAGACACAACAUUUGUGGAAAAGAAGAUUGCAAUUCUAUCUCUACUGAAGCUCUUUCGUUUAACCUUGAAAUCAUCUACUCGAAAGCAAAUUUGUGCAAUCCUAUCAAAGUCUUUGCUUCGACUGCUAAAACAGAAACAAUCAUACUUUGCUAAAGGGAUUUAUCUAUUAGCAGUUUGCUAUGCUAAUCAAAUAUAUGCCGAAAGAUUAAGUUUAGACUCACAAAAUAACAAAGAAAGGUAUAUAUCUCACAAAAACAUCGUGUCACGUUUAAUGAUUGGUACAAAUUCAGACGCAAUAGCUGGCUGGUCACUGAUAGCCAUGUAUUUUUGCAAAAUUAAACAAUAUGGUAUUGCAUUACACCUCAUAGAAAAAGUCUUGUUAAAGUGUUCGAAGGAAAAUAAACUGUUAUUAACAUUUGUCGACAAUAUGGAGAUGAUGAGAUAUUUUGCUGUUAAAGAUGGUACAAAAGGGUGCAGACAUCAAUCGUUUUUCAAAGCACGAAGACCUUAUGCAUGGAUUUAAUAUAUCAGACACCAACUUCGACAUGGUUGUUAGACGAAUUUUUAAUAGAUACUGGAUUCAAAUGUUGGAGGGUUCAUCCUGUCAUAUUCACACAUUUUCUACAUUUUGUCAUAUUCUAUAGAACUGGAAAUAUAACAAAAAGAGAUCGAGCUAUACGGAAUAUUAUAAUUUCAAACCGAGAAAGUCGUAUUCCUGGUUUCUUUAGAGAACGACUUACUACGUUCAUACUACUGACGAUAGCUUACAAAUUGAUAAACGAUGAACUGGCUGCUGAAUACUGGUUAUCCCAUGCCUACAGAUUUGGGAAGAAAUUCUUUUGA